GGCAGAGCAAGUCGAGGCAGGCGAAAUGCUCAGUGGGCUGCCGGACGCCGCGGAAAGUAUAUUGCUCGGGCCUCGUCCUGAGAGCCGCGUCACGUUUACGCGCUUAUCUUCGUCGGCGCUUAAUCGAGCUGGGCGCACGCGCGGAUCCUCGAUCUCCGGCUAAUCGGGGCAAACCUGCAACGAGUGCCUGCGACGAGGCUGGAGCGGCAGCGGUUGCUGCUGCUGCUGCUGCUCCUGCGGCUGCUACGGCGCCGGUGUCGAUAAGGGAGCGAGGCCAGGCGAGAUAAGAGAUCGACGCCGCGGUUGGCGUCUCUUACGGAGUCUUUGGAAAGUGCGCGUCCAGGAAAAAUGACGUCCGAGCGGUUUCACAAGGCUGCUAAAGAUAAUAUUGUGGAAAUUUUAAAAGAAGCAACGAGAAAGGAUUGUAAUACCAGAGAUGAAGGUGGAAUGACCCCAACAUUAUGGGCGGCUUUUGAAGGUCACAUAGAAGCUCUAAGACUUUUAGUUGCAAGAGGGGGCGAUCCUGAUAAGGCCGAUUACUUCGGCAACACAGCGCUGCACUUGGCUUCGGCCCGGGGCCACGAACUCUGUGUCCGCUUCCUGGUGAAGUUCGGCUGCAACGUCUGGUCACUGGACAUCGACCGACAUUCGGCGCGCGAGCUCGCAGCCAUAAACGGCCGCGAACGGAUCCUGCAGUUUCUCGACGUCGCCCAGGCCGAUCAGGAGCUGAACAACCGCAAGAAAAGCCGCAUGAUGAAGGAGAAGGCGGAAAAGGAUGCGGAGAAGAGACUAAAGGAGUAUGUGAAACGGCAGAAGGUCGCUGAAUCACGCGCGGAAAAGGAGCAGAAAAAGAUGCUGAAGGAUCGAGCGCGCCUAGAGAGCGACGGCAACGGCAUCCUGACUCACCGACCUUGCAUAUCGACGUUCAAGGGCAGGCUGAAGCCCUCGCCAACGUACAGCGAUAUCGUCGGAACGGCAACGAAGCGCCAGGGCAGCGCCGUUGGCAAGAAGGCCCUCGCCAGAAGGGCCGUAGACGACUUCAAGGUCGUCGAGAUCGAAGUGGAUGGUAAAAAAUCAGUACGCAGCUUAACGGGUUUACGAAGAGAUUCCGAGAUCAUGUACGUUGGUACGUACGACGGGAACUCGUCUUUCGGCUCCAACCUGAAACCCGGAUUUCAUAGCCACAGCCAACAGCAGCCGAUGCUAUUACGACGUGGUAAGAUCUCGGACGUCUGGGGUACGCUGAACAAAGCACGUAGUACGCCGGAUCUCCUCGGCGAUCGAUGUCUCGAGGAAGAGGAGGAAAACGACGAUGACGAGGAUGAAGAUCCCGAGGACGAAGAGAAGGAUGGCAGCUCGAGUGUGGUUGAGCAGCGACAGCGCCGCGAAACGGCGCUCCAACUCCAGGAGCCCGCCAGUAUUUUUAAUCGUCCAGGUUUCGGCUCCGUCGCAUUCAGGAGAUCUAUGGCAGCGGCCCUGGAUAACCUACCAGUGACUCAAGUGGAGAUCCAUCGACAGCCGAGUGGGGAGCUCAUCUAUCAAGGCACAAACGGCUCGUCCAACAGUUCGUCGACGGCCGGAGCCGAGCAGCAGAGGAACGGCCUCGGGAACGGCGCCAGCAACGGCCAUAACGAGGAGAUCAGCAUUGGCAGCGCCGGAAGCCUGGCGCGCAGGCAGAGCAUGUGGGACGAUGACUUGCUUUCCGAAGAGGAAGAAAUGGACGAAGAGUGGACGCCGCUGCAGCGGUUCUUGGUUGCCAACAAUCUUUCAUCCAUCCACUCGAGUCUCGAGGCUGAGCAAAUUGACCUUGAAGCUCUGAUGCUUCUCACCGAAUCCGAUAUCGCCGCGUUAAAACUGCCCCUAGGCCCUAGAAGAAAACUAUUGCACGCGAUCGCCAGUCGAAAGAAGGCUCUGGAAACGCAGGAAGCCAUAAUAAAGGACAUUAAAUUAUGAGACGCGAGCAUUCAAUCCGUUGUAUUCAGAAUACUAGUGGAAUGGCGAGUACCAGCGAUUUUCAAUAGACAAUUCCUUCAUAAAAUUACUCGGGUAAUUAAUUCUGGACUUCUAUAGAUUCUGGACUCAAUGGACCUUCGUGCCUUAGCAACGCUUAUUAGCGACAACCAAGGGAGUCAAAAGUAUCAUUUGGUCUGAAUAUCCGCAUAUUACGAUUGUAUGAAGAAGUCGAUAAAAUGCUGAUACGCUUAAAGAAAAUACAGGCGUGUAUAACUCUGUAUAACUAUAAGGAUUAUAAGUAGUUAUACAAUUUAACAAUUACAUCAAAACAUUAGAUUAUCUCUUCCUCUCAAUGACAUUUGUUCGUACAUCAAAUUUAGUUUA